AAAAUGGCGUUGUUUUGUUGUCGUUUUAUUGAAUUCUCGCAUAAAGAAUGAGCAUUUCCACGAAAAUUUUGGCGACCUGCAUUUCUUUUUGGCCAUGAAAAAAUCUGGUUUAAAAAAUCCAAACAAGCCAGACAAGUUUAAUGCGACAGACAUUAGCCUCGUUAUAAUCCUGGCAUUUUGCUCGUUAGUGAUUUUAUUUAUUGGGUAUCAUUGUUGUCAACGAAAGCGGUCUAAGGGAAAAAAUAAAGCAGCGAAACGAAGGAUUCGAAAUAAGGGAGAUCACCAAGAAAAUGGUGAUUUGUUAGGUGGUUCAUUUCAAGCAUCGGACGACAGUUUAGACAAGGAGAGUCAAAACUCGAACGCAAGUGGUCAAGAACCCCACAGGGACGAAGAGAUAGAAAAUCAAGGCCCGGACAACUAUCCCACCAGACCAUCUUUUCUCAGUCGAAUAAUGAUGCAUCGUAGUUUACCAACAAGUUCAUUCAUAAGUCGUGAUAAGGACCGCACAAGCGGCUCCAAAUCGCUUGAUCAUGCAAGCCUUUCUAAAGUGGAUCCAAAGAAACAAGAUUCAAGAGUUUCAAAACAAACCCGAAGUAAGUGCAAAACAAGCGACGCGAACAACAAGAAAUCAGCGCAUAGCGAAGAAAAGGAGGAAAAGUUCCGUUCCUCAAAGUGGUACGUCCCCAAACUGAUUAUGAAUCGAAAAGAAAGUGGCCGCAAAAGCGAUGGCAAAUCAGGAAACACGACAAAUGAAAAAGGAAAAGGUAAAAAAAACGGGAAGCAAUCGGCCGAGAAGAUCAACAAUGAAGGAAACACCGGUUCCAGAGAUACGAAACAAGUUGAGCAAUCCUUUGGCGAGAUUCCUUCACUUGAUCAUGUCACUGUGAAUGAGGACAGAACGGGGGUGAUAUAUAAAAAAAAUUAUUCCAAAACCGAGGCAGAAGAUGAAAUUCGGAUGGAAACUAAAGUUGGCAACGUAGAACAGGCGGUGGCCGAUGCGAUGAUCGAAGAUGCGAUGAUCGAAGAUGCGAUGAUCGAAGAUGCAAUGAUCGAAGAUGCGAUGAUCGAAGAUGCGAUGAUCGAAGAUGCGAUGAUCGAAGAUACUUCUUUGAACGUUGCAACAAAGCAUAAAAAUGGGAAAACGGACGAAAAUAUUUAUGAAAAUGUACCGAAAGAUUCGAUGCAUGAAAUAGAACCAAAAAUAGAGAAAACAAGCGUGGAUUCUUAUCAAAAUCCACCUUCUCCCAAAGAUGACAUAAGAGGUGACCUGUUUGCGAUGGACGAUGACACCAUGGAUGACACUCUGGAUAAUUUGCCGCGUGAAAAACCAUCACUAGGGCUGCCUCGUCAUCGUCUAGAGAGUAUUGGCGAGGUUUAUAAUGUCGUGCAAUACGCGAGAAACGAGUGGAAGAGCGAGACAGACAAAGCCAUAGCUAUAAGAGAAGGGUAUUUUCAGAUUCCACAGUUGUUAGGUUUGAACAACCUUCGCGUGAUCCGUGGCGACAAUUAUUGCGCAAUACGAGCUGCAUUAUUUCAAGCUCUUGCGAAGAAAAUUCCUAUCCUGUCAAAACUGGGACGAAUUCAAGAGCUUCCACAAGAGUUGGCGAAAGACGGUUUUGGUUGGAUUGAUCGAUGGAAUUUUGCCUCGAGGCUUCCAGUUAGGAGAGAUCAAGUUCGCGAUGAAUUAAAAGCCUGUUUGACUGAACUGUAUGACUUGGUUCAGUUGAACGCCCAAAUGGAAAACGAGGAAGGAAGAGUCGCUCAUCUUUUGGCCAAUUUUAACUACAAACCAGUCGAGUUCGAAGUUCGAAUUCUCGAAGCAGUGAAAUUUUUGAUGCUGGACACUGCGAUAAAACUGCACACCCGGAGCAAGGCUGACGAAGAUGUUCCUCUCUUUGCGAUUAUUAUGUUUGCAAGGGAUACGUCAAUGAAUCCUCGGGAUUUUAUGGCCAAGCAUUUGAAUGCUGUUGGCAAUACCGGAGGUUUGGAGCAGGUUGAGAUGCAUCUACUUGGCUACACGCUGGGAGUCACGAUAAAGGUGGUCAGACCUUCGCACUACGGUCAGUCCGACUUCAUAGCGUCGUAUCCCGAAGAUAUGCCGGACCGUACGCCAGUGGUUACCAUGGUAGCAGAGGACGAUCGCCAUUAUAAUAUUUUAAGCUGAGAGUUAUUGCGAGCAUAGAUUUGCGUGCCUGUGGCCGAUAAUAUGAAUUUCAAGACUUAGGACAAGUAUCCGUGCAAAAUAUUCAAAGCCGAAUAUAUUAAAAUAUAUCAUACAACACUUUCUCAUCGUAAGCAUUUAAAAAUAAAUUGGUAUCCUAUUCGAUACAAACUCUAUUGAAGAUGAAAACUCGGUUACUAUUCUUAUUAGUAGUUAUUGAAUAUUGUAGUAUAUUUGUGACCGAAUACUUGUUGUAAUAGAAAGUGAGUAUUUUUUCAGUAUAAUGAACAUACAGUCACCGUGAGGAACGCUCAUGUCCGCCCUUUUACGUUUUAUGUCCCCAUGCAUAACUCAUUAUUCGUCAUUGUCCACUAUUAUCCAGGACAGUCACUGGUCAUGUUAAACAACUAAAUCCUGGCUUCUCAACCAUAAUUCUGCCUAGUUGUAUUGCAUAUUGCAAAAAGUCGCAUUGUAAGGCCGAGUUAUCCUUCUGCACAUUUCUGUUACUGUGUGUUCGUUGUAUGUUUACUGUAUAUGUCUUUAAAGGAAAACAACGACAGCUUUCCAAAAAGUAAUAUAACAAU